AAGGAAGUAUAGCUUUGGUGAAGGGAAACAGAAGGCCAAACCAAAACCAAGCUCGACUGAGGAGCACCAACGGGAGUAGGCAGUGGCAUAACUUGGGUGUAUAGGAAGAAACACACCGACACCAUGACCAUGACCAUGACCAUGAUGGCUUCGCAGUCCUCACUUUUCCUGAACCCAAAUCCAACCCUUCACAGACACAACACCACCCUCUCUUUCAUUCACCCUUCUGCUCUUUCCUCACAUUCCACCUCGUUUCCCUCUUUACUUUACUUCAAACAUAAAACCGGGUCCACUUCUGUUUCUUCUUCUUCCUCGUGUGAAGCGUUUGACAUAGUCAUAGUGGGGGCUGGCAUCAUUGGCUUAACCAUCGCUCGCCACUUCCUUAUGGCUUCCGACCUUUCAGUCGCCAUAGUCGAUAAGGCUGUCCCUUGUUCUGGUGCCACUGGCGCAGGGCAGGGAUAUCUGUGGAUGGCAAACAAAACACCUGGGAGUGCUACAUGGGAUCUUUCAUGGAGGAGCCAUCAACUUUGGAAGAUGCUGGCCCAAAGCCUAGAAGAGCAAGGCUUGAAUCCUAUGGUUGAGUUGGGUUGGAAAAAAUCUGGAAGCCUAUUGAUUGGUAGAACUCAUGCAGAGUCAGACGUGCUAAAAGGGAGGGUGAAACAACUCAGCAAGGCAGGGUUAAAAGCAAAGUACCUGUGUAGCAGUGAUUUGUUUAAAGAGGAACCUGAUCUUUUGGUGGACGAAAACACUGCAGCUGCAAUUCUACCAGAUGACUGCCAAUUAGAUGCUCAUUGCACUGUUGCAUAUAUUGAAAAGGUUAAUAGGAAUUUUGCUUCGCAAGGGAGAUAUGCAGAGUUUUAUAAUGACCCAGUGAAUUGUUUCAUCAGGUCAGAUAGCAAAGGGGAUGUCAGAGCUGUUCAGACUUCCAAGAAUACAUUAUACAGCAAGAAGGCAGUUAUAGUGGCAGCUGGUUGUUGGACAGGUUCUUUGAUGCAGGAGUUGUUUCAAAAUUGGGAGAUGAAAUUACACGUUCCAGUAAGACCCAGAAAGGGUCACCUACUUGUGCUUCAGAAUUUCAAUUUACUUCAAUUGAACCAUGGCUUGAUGGAGGCAGGUUAUCUCAACCAUCCAACAAUUUCUGGUUUAAAAUCAUCCGAUCAUGAACGUAACUUGUCUGUUUCAAUGGUAGCAAAUGUAGAUGCAGCAGGGAAUCUUCUUAUUGGGAGUAGCCGUGAAUUUGUUGGGUUCAACACCGAUUUGGACGAGUCUGUUGUCAGUUACAUUUGGAAGCACGUUGGAGAAUUCUUUCCCAAAUUGAAAACACUUCCCCUUUCAGAUCUAAGUGCAAGUAGAAAAGUCAGAAUAGGAUUACGACCUUAUAUGCCUGAUGGGAAGCCAGUGAUUGGGCCUGUCCCUGGCUUGUCAAAUGUGUACCUUGCAGCGGGACAUGAAGGGAGCGGGCUUUCUAUGGCUUUGGGGACUGCAGAAAUGGUCGUUGAUAUGGUGUUGGGAUACCCAGUAAAAGUUGACAGCGCACCUUUUGCUGUGCAUCAAGUUCUUGAUUAAAAUUUGCACAGCUCAUGAGAAUUUUAAGCAGUGGCCUAGUAUGAAGGCACAAGGCCACUUGGAAUUCCGAUACAUCAGCGGAUGCUGGAUUUCUGCCAACCAGAUUUAGAUCCACGCAUUGUAUGGGUUAAUAAUUUUAUUUUAUGAAUUAUUAUUAUUAUUAUUAUUAUGUUAGUAGCGGCGGUUAAGUGGGAGAGCAAGAACAGGUACUACAAAUGACACCCAUUGAAACUAAUUUUUGCUACGUAAAAACAUUUAUGCUU